AUGUCAUCCAAGACGCUUCCUGUCGUUAUCGUUGGUGGCGGACCAGUUGGUUUGUUGGCUGCUCACAUCUUCGAUAAACUUGGUCAGGAUUUUCUACUCCUUGAACAGCAUCAUAACUUGACCCCAGACAUUGGAGCAUGCAUCGGCAUGUCGGGACCUACGCUGCGAAUUAUUGAUCAACUAGGGAUGUGGGAUGCAUUUGAACCUCUAAUAAACCGAAUGUGUGACAAAAUAUCUUUCACGCAAGCAGGAGAUAUCAUUCACUCAGGUUCAAUAUUUUAUGUGAACGAAAAAAGAUUUGGUUAUAAAACAGCUAUUUUCCAACGGCACAGCCUUCUUCAAACGCUGUACGACUCAUUGUCGGAAAGUUCUAAGCAGCGGAUCUUGGUAAAUAAGAAGGUCGUCGCUAUUGAUAUCAAAGAGGAGAGUGUCAGCGUCCGCUGUUCAGAUGGAACUGAGGUCGAAGGAUCAAUCAUCGUCGGUGCAGAUGGGUCGCAGAGCGCGGUGCGAGAAUGCACAAAAGAACUUGCUCGUAAAACUUCUUCCGAAAGCAAAGCUUUUGGAAAUAACGAGGCGUUCAGAACAACAUAUCGACUCUUGUUCGGGAGCGCUCCACGUUUUGGCGAUACUAAGCCUGCCACCGUUUACGAGUGCCAUAGAUUUGGAAGUUCUACCCAGGUGUUUGUCGGUGAGGAGAAAAUGUGGUUUUUUCUUUAUGAAGAGCUGGAUAAACCCACGUCUGAGCACAGGUCAUACACGCAGAAAGAUGCUGAUGAAUUCGCUGCCCGCUAUGCAGACCAUCGCGUCACGAAAGAUCUCUUCUUUCGAGACGUGUAUAAAGGCCGAAGUAGCUCGGGUGUUACUGAUCUUGAAGAAGGGCUUCUUGACCAAUGGUGGUGGAAUCGCAUUGUUCUCGUCGGAGACGCGGCACAUAAAGUGACUCCAAACGCUGGACUGGGAUUCAAUAGUGGCGUGCAAGAUUUGGCGGUGAUUGCAAAUGGCAUUCGACGUCUUCAAAACAAGGGAGGAAGUCUUCAUGAUAAUGAAGCUAUCAAAGCGCUCUUCUCCCAAUAUCAGAAUGAGAGGAUGGAAAGCAUGAAAACAUUCAGCAAUCUUUCCGCUAAAACAACACGCUUGUGCGCCUGGCAUUCGCGCUUUGGAAUGAUAUGGGACCGCUACGUCGCGCCGGCACUCAAUCUUGAGUUGCUGAUGAGCAGAUAUAUCGUGGCACCAAUAAUCGCCAAUUCAUUUGUCCUCGAUUGGUUGCCUGAACCGCAUCAUCGCACCGGCUCAAUUCCUUGGAAAAUGGGUCCGAAUCAUAAUCUGACUGACGAAACGCACUAG